UAUCUACCUUCAUAAUCACAGCCAAAGAGAAAUAAUGAGUGCUUCCUGAAUUGAUGGUCACAUGACAACACAUUUCCCUAGAUCAGGGGUUUUCAACCGGUGGUCCGCGGACCCCUGGUGGUCCGCGGCGGCAUUGCAUGUGGUCCGUGACAAGAGCCUAUGUUGAUCAGUUCACCAUUGUUUUUUUUUAAUAUAAAUUCGCUUUGAUAUUUCAACACAUUUCCAGAAUACCGUUACAUAUCGUGAAAAAUAUUUUUAAAAUAAUAUAAAGGAAAUUCAAGCUGACAGAAUGUAGCCUUGCGCCUAUCCAGUCUAUGGUAGCCUGUGAUUCGCUAAUGGUAAUGAGUUGCGUCGCUAACCUCACUUAUUAUUCAUUACGUACAGUCUUGCGAGCAAAGUUGACACACAUUUAUAAGCAUAGCCGACGAGAGUAUUUUAAGAUAGGUUGUAGUACAGCAAACAUUUGUUACAUAUGUACUAGUCUAGCUAUAUAUCUAGCACCAAUGGAUCGUUUUGUAGUGAGGAAAGUGCCAGAGGGACAGGCUGCCAUGACAGAGGGUCAGGCUGCCACGACAGAGGGACAGGCCGCCACGAUAGGGCAAGGACAGGCUUCCGAAGCGUCAACUUCGCAAAAAAGACGAAAAAGAAAAUACAAUGAGGAAUAUGUUAAAUAUGGAUUCACAGUGACGACAGACAGAGCAGGAGAGGAGGUACCACUGUGUUUCGUAUGUUCAACAAUUCUCUGUAAUGAAGCUAUGAAGCCGUCGAAACUUACGCGGCAUAUGGAGACGCAUCACGUCCACUUGAAGGCCAAACCCGUUGAGUACAUGCAACAGAUGUUGCGUGAUUUCAAAGGACAGCCGGCUACCAUGAGGAAGAGUGCAAAAAUAAAUGAAAACGCACUGAAAGCAUCGUAUCUGGUCGCUCUCAGGGUUGCAAAAAGUAAGAAGCCCCAUACCAUUGCAGAGCAGCUUAUAUUGCCAGCAGCCAUAGAUAUGUGCAGAGCUAUGGUAAGCGAAGAAUGUGCCAACAAAUUAAAAACUAUUCCGUUGUCAGACAACACAAUCGGAAGACGAAUUGGGGAAAUGGCAAAUGAUGUCAAAGACCAGCUGAUGGCAAAACUUCAGACAGUUCUGUUUUCCCUUCAAAUCGACGAGACGACAGAUGUUACUAAUGAUGCGCAACUGUUAACAUUUGUGCGAUACGAGGACAGUGGCACUAUGUGCGAGGAAUUUCUUUUUUGCAAACCACUGCCCGGGCGAACUACCGGUGUAGAAAUAUUUAAAGCACUGGACGAUUUUUUCACGGAGCACAAUAUCUCGUGGCAGAGGUGCGUUGCAUUAUGCAGCGAUGGGGCCCGAGCCAUGAGUGGCAGCAAGACUGGACUGUUUGCGCAUGUAAGGAGGGUGGCUCCGGGGGUAAUUUGGACACACUGCCUGAUUCAUAGAGAGGCUCUCGCCUCCAAAGAUCUCAGUGUUGAGCUCAGUGGUGUGUUUGAUGUCGUUGUCAAGACGGUCAACUUCAUAAAACGAAACGCAUUGAAUACACGCCUGUUUUCAUCCCUAUGCCAUGACUUGGGAAGUGAACACAGCUCUCUCCUUUAUCAUUCAGAGGUGCGUUGGCUGUCUCGCGGCGCUGUGCUCGCCCGUGUGUUUGAACUACGCGGAGCUAUCUACGAGUUCUUGUGCGAGAAGCAUUCUGAUCUGGCUUCCAAUUUCAACGAUAGUUACUGGUUAACUAAGCUGGCGUACCUCACAGAUGUUUUUGCAGAGCUGAACAAGUUGAACAGCUCCAUGCAAGGGAGAGAUGCAAACGUCAUGCAGCUCUACGAGAAGCUCGACGCAUUUGUGAAAAAAAUGUCAAAGUGGAUCGAACGAGUGGAGAGCAAUAACUUGGCGAUGUUUCCUUCAGUUGAGGAAUACCCUGACAGCACUGACAUCAACGACACUAUAUGUGAGCAUUUGAGGAAGCUUGUGCGUCAAUUCGCAAAGUACUUCACUGAUUCGGAAGAGUGGCGCCGUGACAGCAAGUGGAUCCUGCUCCCAUUCAGUGACGAUGCAUCAGUAGGGUCAAGUCUGACGGCUGUGGAAGAGGAUAAGCUGAUUGAGAUGUCCACAGACUCUGUCAGGAGGCAUAUGUACGACACACAGCCCCUUGUUAAAUUCUGGAUAAGUUGCCAGACAGAAUUUCCACAGCUUGCUGCAAAAGCAAUGAGGUGUCUUUUGCCCUUUCCAACCACAUACCUGUGUGAGAGUGGUUUUUCUACACUGGCGUACUUAAAGAAUAAGUACAGGGAUCCAGAGAAUGACAUGAGACUGUCUCUGUCUACCAUUUCGCCACGAAUAGACAGGCUGUGUGGACUUCACCACGCCCAGAUAUCACACUGACAGCAGGUGAUUGGUGACAGGUCUGUCCUGGCUGGGUUAUAAAAGCCCUGACCAGCCAGCAGUUGAGGCUGCCUUGGUCUUCAUUUGUUGGAUUUUGGUUCUCCGGUGUUGUUGGAUUUUUGUUCUCCGUUGUUGUUUUGUCACACACCUAGACUGACUUUGCAUGACAUUUUUAGUUACUUUUCCCAAUACUGAAUUGCACAACACUUUAUUAUUCUUUAUUCUUUCUUUAAAAUAAUCUUUAAUUUAAUUUAAUUUAAUAAAUCUACUUUUAUUAUUAUAAAAUCUGCGUGGCCUCUCUUUCAUGUUUCAUGCAUUGAGCUAUGCAUGUAACACCAAAUACACACGCGCACGCGCAGGCACAUCAGUGGGCCGCGGAUUGCUUUCUAGUCCGAAUGGUGGUCCCUGGGACAAAACCAGUUGAAAACCCCUGCCCUAGAUAACAGGGUGGAUCAAUUUAACCACUGGCUCAUCUUACCCACUCUCCCCUUUGUUUAUUUUAUUUGUUUGAUUUCUUAUAUCCAUAAAGCAUUAACCUGCUGUCAGGUCUUAACCCUAACUUCUACAUGUUUAACAUGAAAAUAUACCCUGAAAACUGAAAGACACAUUUCACAGUAAAUAACCACCAAUGUAACAAUAUUGAUCUUCACACACUUGUGUUGUUAAAUUCUCCGAAGGGCACAGAAAUAACUGCCUUUCUAAGAAGAGAGCAAAGUGAGAAGAAACAAUAACCGAUUAUAAGUAAAAAUUAUUGAAAUUCAA